AUGCUACAGUUCACUUCAUCAGAACGCAACAAACCGGUAUUGAAUUACAAUGGUUAUCAAUAUACACUUAAAAGAAAAGCUGCUACAACAAAUGAAUGGAGGUGCCGCCAAAGAAAAUGUUCAAGUACUUUGUCAUUGACAUCCGAUAAUGAAGUUGUUUUUCGUGCACCUUCAGCUCAUUCAUGUAAAGGUGUACAUAGUAGUAAACAAGUUAUUGAUGAAGCUGUAGAACGGAUGAAAAAACGUGCAAGAGAAGAAACAACAACAAUUCCAAAAAUUUAUACAGAAGAACUAGUUCGAACUCGUAUUGCAAAUCCUUCAAUGAUUGCUUUAUACUACGAGCCAAUUGGCGAUAAAUGUACAUUAAAUUUAUCUUCUUGUUUAAUUGAACGUGAUGAUAAAAUGCAAGCUGUUGAACCAUUUGCACAUUUACUUCAUUGUUUAUGUCUUUGUUUACAUCGUGCUGAUUGUUUAUUAAAAGCAAAUUCGAAAAUAUUUGAUGAAGAUUCUGAUGUGUCAGUCUAUUUGAAAAAAGCAACCGACAUAUUUAAACGACUAAUUAUUUUAUUUGACGAUGACGAAUUUACUGAUUCAGUUGGCGUUAAAGGUUUAUCUGAUGAUAAAACUAGUCCACAAAUGUAUACACUUUGUAUUGAUAUAUGCAAUGUUCUUAUUGAAUAUAAAUUUAUGCGAAUGAAAUAUUUAGAAUCAACUGCAAGUAUUUUAAAAUCUAUUGAUCAAGAAUCUCGUCUUCAUGAUAAAAUGUCUAAAGCCAAAUUACGUUUGCCAACAACAGGAAAACUUAUAUCAUUUACAUGUUUAAAAAGAUUUUUACAUUCAAUUUUAUGGACGAAAAUCUUUAAUGCUGAUUUAGAUACAUCAAAUCAUAAUAUUGAUAUCGAUUUACUUAUUGAUGAUAUUAAUUAUCGUACAUAUGUUAUGCGAUGUUGUUUAUCAAAAUUACGUGCUAUUACAUCAAAUGGUAUUAAAUAUUAUUUUGAUGCUGAAAAUAUGCGACAAGAAAAAUUACAAAUGAUGUUAAUUGAUCUUCAUACAAUUUUAUAUCAAGCUGUAACAAAAGAUAUUAAUAUUAUAUUAACAGAACAAAUUUUACAAUUAAUUGUAGAAAUAUGGAAAAUUAUUGUAAAUAAUUUUCGUGGUGCAGCAGCUUUAAUGAUUGAUAGUGCAAUGAAAGCAUUAUCUGGUGAUUCUGAUGCAAUUGAUUCAAAUAUAAGUUAUAGUCAAACUGAUCCUCAAACAGCUCGUUUUGCUGAAAGUUUUAAAGCAAUUUACAAAAGAAUUGAAAGUGAAUAUAAUCGUUUAAUAGAAACAGCUGGUGUUGAUGGAUCAACAGCAAAAGCAUUGGGUUGUUUAAAAGCAUUAAUUUAUGUUGCUGAUAUUCUUGAAUUAGCAUUAAAAGAUGGAGAACAUAUUGAUCGAAAUGAAUAUCAAUCAUUUGCUGAAUGGGCUAGUUCAACUUGUAUGCAAGGAAAAUACGAGGAUCAUCAACUAAGUAAAGCAUUAGUUCGUCUUCUUAUUAAGCUUUCAUCAAAAAUCAGUAAUCAUGCACCACUUCUUCGUAAAAUUGCUAUGGAUAUUCAUGGUCAAUGUGAAGAUGUUUCCGAAGAUACUAAAUUUGUUCAUCAACCAUAUUUUGCUAUAAUUAACGAAAAAACACAUAUGGUCAUAUUAAAUAAUAUUGUCAUUGUUGAUUUAGAACGAAUGAUAAAUAGUCUUGAAUGGAUAAUUCAAACUCAAAUAUUAUCAUAUGAUCAAAUAACACAUUUUUGUGCACAAUUAUCAUAUUCAUUAACAACAUUUGGACAAAUUUUACAAUGUCGAUUAAAAAAUAAAAUGACAAUUAUUAAUAUAGUUAAAUUAUUAACUAAAUUAUAUACUAUUCUUGAUGAAUUUACUCGUCAGAUGGUUAAAAAUAAAACACCAAUUCGUGAUGAAUUUGAAAAACUUGCAUCAAUAUCGGGUUCACAAUUACAACAACCUUGUUAUGGAUUUUUAACUUAUACAAUGGUAAUUUGUUAUAUCAAAUAG